AUGGCAUCGCCGUGUCCGCGGGCCGACUGCUCGGCAGUCCAGAAGGAGCUCGAGCAUCUUCGCCGCGACGUGGAAGAGCUUCAGCUCGAGAACGACAAGCUCCAUGAGCACUCGGCGUCGCUGGGCCAGCAAGUCGCCACGCUCGAGGCCAUGAACGCCGACCUGCGCGAGCAAGUCCAGACCCCGCGCACGGCCCGCGUCGCAACGAUCGCAGAAGAUGAAGACGAGCCCCAUAACGAGAUGGUCACGCAGCUCCAAGUCAAGCUCGAUGCGUCGCUCGCGCGUGAAGCAGCGCUUGCGGAUCAACUGGCAAAGCUCGACGCGUCCCAUGCCCAACUGGCCGCCGCCCUCGUGGCCAAGUCAAGUGCUCCGCAAGCCGAUGAGCUCGCGCGUCUCAAGAACGACAGCGAUGGCCGCCGCGACGAGCUCUACGCGGCCCUCCGCGAGAACGAGCAGCUGCGAGAUGAUAACAACGAGCUUCGUACUGCUGUCGAGAAGCUCUCGCGAGUCGCUUUGGACGCCGAAGCCAAGCUGCAGGUCGCCGACGAUGAGAAGGCGGCGCUCUCAAGUGCGCUCGACGACCGGACGACGGCGGUGACGGAGCUCCUCCACAAGAUCGAGUCCCACGACGCCGAGAAGCAAGGCCUCGAGCGCAAGAUCCUCGAGAUGGACGCGGCCGAAGCGCACGUGGAUGCGAUGAUCGCGGACUUCAAAACCAAGUUCGAUGCUGAACGGCGCGGAAUGCAUGCGGAACUUGAGCAGUGGAAGCUCCGAGUGCGCGAACUCGAGGCGAGCACAACCGCGACGACAGCCGUAUCGACGACGGCGAACGAUGUCAAGGACGCUGCGCUGAGCGACCUCGAAGCCAAGAUCCUCGUGCUGCAAGACAUGCGUCUCCAGGACAAGGCGCAGAUCGCCGAACUCAAAACCAAAAUUUCUCAAAAGAACGCCGAUUUGAGCACGAUGGCCGAGAGUUUUGUGCCGAAAGACGAUAUCAAGCAGCUCGAGGCGACGGUGCAGGUCCAGCGGCAGCAAAUGCAGGACGCGCUUCGCGACGUCGACGUGUGGAAAGCACGCGUCAAGGAGCAGCGCGGGCUCCUCACCGACAUGGAGGCGCGCUGCGUCGCAAUCGAGUCGCAGUGUCGGGAAGCGGAGGCGUGGAACGCCAAGUACGAAGCCAAGGCCGGCUUGACCGACGUCGUCCGGCACCAGAAGAAGCUCCGAAGCGACUUGAGCGCGCAAGAGAGUGCGAAUGCGGCGCUGCGCGUCGAGCUCAGUCGCCACAAGGACGCCAUCUCCAAGCUCCAAGCUGCGUGUACCCGGCUCAAGCGCGACGCGGGCAAGCCAGACGAGUUCGAGUACCCGGAUCUCGUCUUGGAGACAAGCGUCCAAGGCAACCUCGCGCUCAUCCGCCAGCUCGAAGCCCAAGUCGCGGCCCUGGAAGACGAGCGCGUCGCGCUGCUCACCAAGCUCAAAGACCAAGCCAAGAAGACGGGGGCCUACCUCUUUGAGCACCACGGACUCACCAGUGCCCAAUACGAUCAAGUCCAAGAGCUCAUCUACCGGCUUCAGAACGGCGACACAGUCGACGCCUCUGCGCCGCCUCGCCUUUUGUCGCCGACAAAAGACGCGAGCGCAGAGCUACGCAAGCUGUACGACGCCAACACGCAGCUGCAAGCCGACGUCGCUCGGCUCUCGGCGGUCGUGGCCGCGUCAAGUCUUGCGCCAACGAACGGCCCGCCCGAGUGGGCAACCACGGUCAAAGACGAAGUGUGGCGCGCGACCGAGGCAUUGCAAAGCCACAUGCGUGAGCACAUGCAGACUGUGUUGGAGCAUCAUCCACGACUCACCAAGCACGCCAGCGUCCACACAUCCGGUCUCUUGUCGCCCGCAAGCGUCGUGCUGCAAGAGCCGCCGCCGUCCGCCGACGAAAUUGCGGCCGCGGUCUCCAAGGCGCUCGAAGCCCGCGGCUUGCAGCAUCAUUUGCCGACGCAGCAGGAGGCAACAACACACGAGACGACGACGAACGACGGCCGGCGCCAUGUGAUUCUCGAGACGCAGGACGAGAUGGAAGAGCAAACGCAGUGGGCGAUCGAGCUCGACACGUGCUUGGACGAACUCACGCACGUGACGUUGGAGAACCACAGCCUCCGCAGCAAGCUCGAGGCGUUCGAAGGUCUUUUGGCCAGCGUCCAAGACAACCACACCGUGCUCUAUCGCGAGCAUAUCGCGCUGCAGCAAACGUUUGCCGAGCGCCGGGCGUCGCUGGAAACGCAGCUCGCAACCAUGACCGCCAACGUCGACGAAGCGUCCAUCAAGCUCAAUCGGUACGAGCUCAUGCUGCAGAGUUUCGAGAAGGAGGGCGAGAUGCAGCAGACUCUCGUGUCGCUCACGCGGCAAGUGGCCAUUUUUGAAGUCAACCAAGCGCGGCUCGCACGCGAAUUCAACUUGGUGCGGGAAGAAAAACAGACCGAGUUUACACGCCGCGUCGCCGCCGAAGACGACCUCCUCGCCCUGGAAAAGACGCUCAAGGUGCGCAUCCAGUACCUCGAGGCGUGGCGCGAGGGCGCGUUGAGUCGGCUCCAGCACAUGGAGACGGCGCUGACCAAGAGUGUGCUCAAGCGCCAUUAUGACGGCGUCCUCGCCGAGCUCCAGCGACUCCAAACAAAGCACGCAGCGCUGCUGAAAAAGUACACGGACCGCCACGCACACUACCUUGCGACGCUCGAGCUACCAGCUCAGCACGCGUCGCUGCUACACCAGAACGCACAGCUCCUCGCGCGCCUGAACGGCGAGUCGAUCGACAAGCUCCAAAACGAACGCGUCCAGGCGCUUGAAGUUCAAGUGCAGUCGCAGCUGGCGCGUAUCAAAGAGCUCGAAGCAGGCAUGCCCGAGACAACGCCGGAGCCAGCGCCGUCCAGCACCAACGUCCACGACGUGUACGAGCAGCGCAUUGCCGAGCUCGAGCAGCUCUGCGGGUCGUUGGAGCGUCAGGUGCAGAAACAAAAGGAGGUGGCGACGCUGGCCGCGUCACAGGCCAACACGCUCGCGCUGCGCCAGACGCGGCGCCGGGACGAAAUCGACGCACUUGAAGCACGGCUCCACGAGCUCAGCGCGCGCUCCGACGAUGACGCGAUCAUCGGGCAGCUGCAGCAAAAGAUCGUCGGGAUCAAGGCCAACUACCAAGCCUUUGCAGAUCGGUACGAGCAAGCGGUGGAGGCCCAGCGCGCGGCCCAGCUCCAGAUCAAUACGCUCUCGAUGCAGCUCGAACACACGUCGAAUCAUUACGCGGGACAGCUCGAGACGCAACGCCAGCGCAUCGCGAUCCUCGAGUCGACAGUCGCGCAUUUGCAAGCGUCGGACGUGGUCGCCAAAAUCAAACGCUUCGAUGCGAUGGCGUCGCGCCUCGAAGCUCUCGACGACGACCUCGCUGCUGUCCACGCCAAGAAGCGCCAGCUGGAGCGGCGCAUCGAAGAGCUCGAGUCCGAGCACGACGCGGUCGUCGGGCCUGGCGUUCUUGGCGCCGACAUCCACCUUGUCGAGCGACUCAAAUACCGCGUCCAAGUCCUCGAGCAGCGAGAAGCGUUGCUCUUGGCCCAGCUCGAUGAUGCUGCCAAGGCCUCGGCGGCGAUGCUGCCCUCGGAACGGCUUGUCCAAGAAAAGCAAGUACUCCAAACGCAGUUGGAUGCGACCUUGUUUGAGAUGGACAAGGUGCAAAAACGCAUGCAGCAGACGAGCAAGGAGGUGACGGAGCGCGACCACAAGAUCCGCCAACUCGAGCUGCGCGUCGAGACCUUGCUGAUGGAGCUCCAGCAAAAGCACGUACACAUGGAGCCUGCUACGACGAUCGCGCCACUGGGGACCGCGCCGAGCUCGCCGUCGAUGCGCUCCAAAGUCGGGUACUAUGAAAAGGACCAAGCGAAUCUGCAGCAAGCCGCGCAGGCGACGAUUGCGAGCUUGAAGGCGCUUGUCGCGGACAAGAACCAGCGCAUCGAAGAGUACCAAGCCAAGCUCGAGGCCAUGCGCGCGACGAUGGACAAGCGCGCUUCUGGACAAGAUUUGUCCAUGAUAGUGAUCGUGUACUAG